AGGCAGUGAGCGAGCGAGCGCGGGCGGCAUCGCAGUCUGCAUAAGUUUGGGACUUGUUCGCCUGGACACUUCGCCGCGCCAACGCCUGGAGAGGAAAGCAGGGGCGGCCCGGCCGCGGCGGCCCGGCUUUGUCAUGAUGACCAGCUACUCUGAGCAUGAGGACUCCGCGGGGGCCCUCCUGGCCCCGGAGACUGGCCGCGCAGCCAAAGAGCCCGAGGCGCCGCCGCCGAGCCCAGGCAAGGGCGGCGGCGGCGGCGGCGCCGGGACUGCCCCAGAGAAGGCCGACCCGGCGCAGAAGCCCCCGUAUUCGUACGUGGCGCUCAUCGCCAUGGCGAUCCGCGAAAGCGCGGAGAAGCGGCUCACUCUGUCCGGUAUUUAUCAGUACAUCAUCGCCAAGUUCCCAUUCUACGAGAAGAACAAGAAGGGCUGGCAGAACAGCAUCCGUCACAACCUCAGCCUAAACGAGUGCUUCAUCAAGGUGCCGCGCGAGGGCGGCGGCGAGCGCAAGGGCAAUUACUGGACUCUGGACCCAGCCUGCGAGGAUAUGUUCGAGAAGGGCAACUACCGGCGCCGCCGCCGCAUGAAGCGACCCUUCCGGCCGCCGCCCGCGCACUUCCAGCCCGGUAAGGGGCUCUUUGCGGCCGGAGGCGCCACGGGCGGCUGCGGCGUGCCAGGAGCCGGCGCCGAUGGCUAUGGCUACCUGGCGCCCCCCAAGUACCUGCAGUCUGGUUUCCUCAACAACUCGUGGCCGCUGCCGCAGCCGCCCUCGCCCAUGCCCUACGCCUCCUGCCAGAUGGCGGCGGCCGCAGCAGCUGCAGCAGCGGCGGCCGCUGCUGCUGGCCCGGGUAGCGCCGGCGCAGCCGCGGUGGUCAAGGGGUUGGCUGGCCCUGCUGCGUCUUACGGUCCGUACUCACGCGUGCAGAGCAUGCCUCUGCCCCCAGGCGUAGUGAACUCGUACAAUGGCCUGGGAGGCCCUCCGGCCGCGCCCCCGCCACCGCAUCCCCAUCCGCACCCGCACGCACACCAUCUACACACGGCAGCCGCACCCCCGCCGGCCCCACCGCACCACGGUGCAGCCGCGCCGCCCCCGGGCCAGCUCAGCCCCGCCAGCCCGGCCACUGCUGCGCCCCCGGCGCCCGCGCCCACCAGCGCACCGGGCCUGCAGUUUGCCUGCGCCCGGCAGCCAGAGCUCGCCAUGAUGCAUUGCUCUUACUGGGACCACGACAGCAAGGCUGGCGCUCUGCACUCGCGCCUGGAUCUCUAA